GAAUGUGUGGGGACCGGAGUGAUCAGCCUUAGUAUUAAAGCGCCGCACGGUCCACAUGAUCCCUCUCUGCUUCACUGCACCGUAGUCCUUGCUGCUCCUCGGCGCUGCUGCAUCAUUCAAAGUUCGUGACUUUGGCUCAUGGAGUACCUAUAUUCAAAGUUCGUGACUUCACAAUUCAGUCUCCCUAUUUUGCCUUGGUGAUGACGACGAGGAUGCAUGAGGAAUGUGAAAUUGAGUCUGAUUGAAAAGGAUUGGAACUUGAUGGUCUAGAGAUCUAUUGAUUCUAGUGAGAGAGAUGAGAGAGAGAGAGAGAGGAGAGGGAGAGGGAGAGAGAGAGACAAAUUAAUUAAGUAAAAGAGGUGGUGCGGUCGAGCCAACAAGGCUCUUGAAUCUCCGUACGUUAACCCUCGCAUCCUUUCCCCACGGGAAAGCGAAUAGCAUCACAUCAUGUUCAUUAAAUGAAUUUUUAUGUUAAUAGUAAACUUUUGAGGGGGGGAAGAAAGUUGAGCGAGUGAGAGCGGGUUGUGCGUGGAUACAUGAGAGAGAGAGAGAGAGAGAGAGAGAGGACGCGAGCGAGCGGGAGGUGAACUAAGAAGGGAGGGGAGAGAGGAUCUGCAUCUGGUCCGAGUUUAACGAGUGAGAAGAGUGGAGUGGAGUGGGUGAGAGGUGGGAGGGAACAGAGGAGCGAGGAUCCCGGAUUUGGGAGUGAAAGGAAACUCUUUUAUACCCUGAUACGUACAGCUUCUCUUUGCAAUCCUUCUUCUCCAAGCCUCUCGCGAUUCCAUGCGUUUGAUGAGCUCGAGAGAGGACUUGGAGCUCGGGCCUGAGUCUAUGCCGGUUCUCGAGAUCGCUUCUCUGUGAGAAUUGACGGUUGAGGGCAACCAAAUCUUAGUGGACACUGGAAGGACAGUGGGUUUUGUGAUCUGACUUUGGUUUUGGUUUUCAAAAUUGCAACUUGUGGGAUCUGCUUUAUUCUGGUGAUCAGUGUGUGAGUUUCUGGUCGUUCUUCGGGUUGAGGUAAGGGAAUGUGAAAUAUGGCUGGAAAUGGUAGAGGAGGUAGUAACACGGGAGGUGGGGCGUCCAUUAGCGUUGCAGCUGUGGCUGUUGGUUCUGUUGAAGCGAGAUUUCCUCCACCGGAGAGGCAGCGGAGCAGAUGGGGAGGCUGUUUUGGUGGAUUUUCCUGUUUUGGGUCACAGAAAGGAGGUAAGCGCAUCGUUCCUGCAACCCGCAUACCUGACGGAAAUGGGUCCACAAGUCGUGGGAACAUGCCUCAGUCCGCCGGACCUUCUAACCAAAAUACCAACUUAAAUCUCUCUCUAUUAGCUCCGCCAUCAUCACCUGCUUCUUUUACGAACUCUGCACUCCCUUCGACGGUUCAAUCGCCCAGCUGUUUCUUGUCAUUGUCUGCCAACUCGCCUGGCGGACCAUCCUCAACCAUGUUUACAACAGGUCCUUAUGCUCAUGAAACACAGUUGGUCUCACCACCUGUUUUCUCAACUUACACAACAGAACCUUCUACUGCUCCUCUAACUCCUCCUCCUGAGCUUGCCCACCUGACAACUCCCUCAUCCCCUGAUGUGCCAUUUGCCCAAUUGCUUUCAUCUUCUCUUAAGCUCAGAAGUAGUGGUAAAGUGAAUGGGGUUUCUUACUCUGGUUAUGUUGGUGGUGACUUCCAGUCUAACUAUCCACUCUAUCCUGGAAGUCCAACCAGUAGCCUUAUAUCACCUGCAUCUGGAACUCCUCGUACUGGGCUCUCUUCACCGUAUCCUGAGGGUGACACCCCUACUCGAUGGAGUGCUUCCAUUGUGCCCCGUGACUUGCCGCAUUCAAGGAAUGGGCCAUCCAAGCUGUUUGGUCUUGAUUCUGCCACCUCCAGAAAUUUCAUGCUGCCAUCUGAUUCAAGCUUCUUCCGUCCAGAUAACUCCGCUGCCGCCCAAUUUUAUCUCGAUCAGGCGCAGCAAUCCUUUUCUAGCUAUGCUCAUUGCGGAGCAAGAUUAAGUGUUUCCAGGGAAGGUGAUGUUUAUUCCGGCGGCGGUAAUAGGCCGAACAAAUCCGUCAAACAAGAUCCGGAGGAGAUUGAAGCCUACAGAGCAUCUUUUGGUUUCAGCGCGGACGAAAUCGUUGCGACCCCAAAUUAUGUGGAGAUUAAUGAUGGGGUUGAUGUUUCCUUCACCAUGUCAUCUCCCUUCAGCAACUGUAAGUCAUGCAUAGAACACCAUCCUUUCUUGAGGAUGCCCACAGGAGGCCAGAAGUCAGUCAUGGUGGAUUCUGCCAGCCAAAAUAUGCCAAAUCAUGUGUUCAGAGGAGAUAUCAUUGUAGCAGCAAAUUAUGAUAAUCCAAUUGCAGGUGGUGCUAACAACAGCUGCCAUGAUACUAAUCUUCAUCCAACCGAGAAGAAGAGCGAAGCAACAUUUUCGAAGUCCACGAGCAGAAGAACUCGAGUAUUGGAAUCAUGUUCUGAUGCAGAAAUUGAGUACAGAAGAGCUAGAAGUGUAAAAGAUGCUAACAAUGCACUUCUGGCCUCCUUCAACUCUCCUUCAUAGCCUGUAACUGGAACUGGAUGGUAGUACAGUUUAAUUGUUCUAUAUUAUGUAAUCAAAAACAUGUUAGGAAUUUGUCUUUUAGGGUCUUUGAUACACUUAUGGUUGUAUUAUUCUCUAAUUCUAGGGCUUGGUUGGAUUGAUGAUAUGCUUUCCAUCUUCAUUUUACAGAACCCUUUGCUUUU